AUGACCGAGCUUGUGGGUUCUCACACUGCAUAUAUUCAAAAGUUGGAAAUGCAAACGAGGGAUCUCUCAAGAGAACAAAACCCGAAACAAAAAGACACACUCCCAAGUGAUACAAUUGCAAACCCAAAAGGUAAUGGAAAUGGUCCAACCUCUCAUUGUAUGGCAAUCACCACUCAAAGUGGGAAACUACUUGAAGUAGAGAAUGAACAAGUGGUCGAAGUGGAAGAUUCUGAACAGGAAGUUGGGGCACAAGUUGAGGUGCCAAAUGUUGUUGAAGUUGAAAGACUCUCGAAGAAGAUGAGAACCCAAGAAGUGAACCAGGAAGAGGUUAAUGAAAAGGUAAUAGAGGCACCAAAAACUAUAGCACCAAUUCCUAGACCUCCUCCUCCUUUCCCUCGAAGGCUAACUAGAAAGGUUGAUGAUAGCAAACUCGAGAAGUUCUAUGAUAUCCUAAAGAAAUUAUCGGUGAACAUUCCAUUUGUGGAAGAAUUUCAAGAGAUGCCAGGUUUCGCUAAGUACUUGAAGGACUUGAUCACUAAAAGGAAAACCAUCAAAAAUGAAGUGGUGAAUGUGACUCACCGGGUUACUUCCAUCAUUGCAACAAUGGUCGUCCAAGAGAAAGAGGACCCAGGAGCCUUCACCAUUCCAUGCACGAUUGGAUUGCGUGACUUUGCACGAGUCCUUUGUUACAAUGGGGCUAGCAUCAACUUAAUGCCCCUUGCUAUAUACAAGCAAGUGGGAUUAGGUAUUCCUAAGCCUACAAUUGAUGAUGUGCUUGUAAAAGUGGGGAAAUGUCUCCUCCCUGUCGACUUUGCUAUUCUCGAUUGUGUCGUUGAUAAUGAAAUCAAGUUCCGAGUUAAUGACGAAGAAGUUACCUUUCAAUUAAGUAAGGGUAUGAAAUUGCCACAUGCAUACAAGAGUAUCUCAGUCAUUGAUGUUGUUGGUGAGUUAGAAGAUGCAGUCGAGGUAAAGAUGGAAGAGGGAUGCCUUGGUGAGGUUGGUCGCUAUUUUGGUGAAUUUUGA